GAAAUGUUGCUCAGCUGAAGAUGGUCAGAGGACUUCACUAAAUUCGGAGAGUAAUUUCGCCGACCUUAGUGAAGUCGCCGGAAUGUGGCGGCACCGGCGGGAAAGUGCAACUGCGAGUGUGUUAAAAAAAGAAAAGAAAAAAAAAGGGAGGGGUUACAAAUCCACUGCCACGUGUUGACUUCAAACUGACUUCUCCAUUCGCUUUUCCUACUCAUUUACGCACCCAAAGGCCAAAACCACCAUCUCCGAUCUCAAAUUCUCCGACGAGUCAAAACCCAAAUGGACCCAGCCGCACCCGAAUCCCAAUCCCUAACCCUCUCGACCGAUCCCCUAAGCGACCAGUUCUCCUCCCUCAACGACCUCGCCCACGAGCUCGCCUCCCUCCAGGACCUCGCCACCCGCGGCUCCUGGCGCUCCAUUCUCGACAAGGUCGCCGUCGCCCGAGCCCAGUCCCUCCUCAACAAGCCCCACGACCACCUCGUCUACUUCACCUACAACGUCCUCGCCUUGACCAAACUGCGUCGUUUCACCGAAGCCGCGUCCGAGAUCGACUCCCUAGAAGACCUCAACAGCUCCCGGUACCGUUACGAGGGGUAUCCGAAUGUGUACCCCAACCGGGUCGGGUCUCUGGUGCCGUUCUCGCUGCGGUGGCUUUAUGCGUUAAUGCCGAUCAAGUUGGGCCGGCGGCAGGAUGGGCUGGACCGGCUGUACGUGCUCUUGGACUUUGUGAGGAGUAAGGUGAAGGAGAAAGGAGAGAUUGGGAGUGUGAGUGUGAGUGUGUGGAAGAGGAGGGAGGUGUUUGUGAUGAAUGGGAUAAUUGGGGUUCAUUUGAAUCAGAAGGAGUUGGCUGCUUGCUUCAGCUUGAUUAAGGACUUGUUGAACCGGGAUUACACGGACCCGGUUCUGGUUUCGAAGCUCGGGUACAUUCAGAUGCAAAUGGGGGACCUAGAGGGAGCGAAGAGCUCGUUCAAUGUGGUGCAGGGGUUGGUGGAUAAGGAAGGUGAAGUGGGAAGUGAGUUGAGGAACUUAGUGAGCAGGAACAAGGCGUUGAUUUACAUGGUGGGGAAGGACUAUGUGUCGGCGGUGAGGGAGUAUGAGGAGUGCAUUGAGAGGGAUGGGAGUGACGUCGUGGCGAUUAAUAACAAGUCUCUUUGCUUGAUGUACUUGAGGGACUUGUCGGAUUCGAUCAAGGUGUUGGAGAAUGCGCUGGAGAGAGUGCCUACGGUGGCGUUGAACGAGACGCUUGUGGUGAAUUUGUGUAGUAUGUAUGAGCUGGCUUAUGUUAAUCAUGGGGAUAUUAAGAGGACGCUCAGUAGCUGGAUUGCCAGGGUCGCUCCUGAUGAUUUUGAUUCGGCUUCUACAAGGAUUUGAUAUCAGGUAGCUUCGUGCCUUUCUAAUUUGGGCUUAUGCAUAUUGUAUGUCUCACAUUGUUGAAGAAAUGAGUGAGCUUUUGAGGGUAGGACUGAGCUUUGAUACGUGUAAUUUGGUGCGAAGUGAAUAACCCACUUCCUUGGAUGUUUUAUGAAUUUGGAAAUUAGUAAUGAUCAAGUAAUUCGUGCAUAUUCUUGUGAAA